AUGGGCACCCCUGUGGUCAAUGAAUAUCCUAGCUUAUUCCGCUCUGAGACUAUGAGCUUGGUGCAACUAUUCGUACCAACAGAAGUUGCCCAUGACACGGUCGCUGAGCUUGGGGAACUCGGAAACAUGCAGUUCAAGGAUCUGAACCCCAACGUCAAUCCCUUCCAACGAUCAUUCAUAGGCGAGAUUCGUCGCAUCGACGAGAUGGCUCGUCGCGUUCGUUUUUUCUCCACUCAAAUCGAGAGGGAAAAAGACAAGAUACCCGUGCGCCCGCUGUAUGAUUCGGCGCCUCUCAUCACCGUUGGUCCGCGAGCAGCUCAAACAAUGGACGGCUUAGAUGUUACAUUUACCGAGCACGAGUCGAGGCUAGUACAGAUGAAUGAGAGCUACGAGCUGCUUAGUGGUCGAUUGAGGGAGCUGGUUGAGGCUAGGCAUGUUCUGAGGGAGACAGCUGUAUUCUUUGACAGGGCUGAAAGCAACCAGUCUGAUAUCAGGACCUCAUUCGACGACAGCUCGGCACCCUUGUUGCAGCACGAUGACCGCGAGAACCAGUUCUCCAUAUCAACUGUCCAGUUUGACCUCGAGUUUGUUGCUGGCACGAUUGAUCGCGCUCGUGUUCCUACAUUUGAGCGCGUGCUUUGGCGCGUGCUCCGUGGUAAUCUUUACAUGAACCAUACCGACAUUGCCGAGCCCUUCGUGGAUGCUGCGAGUGGUGUCGAGACUCGAAAGAAUGUCUUUAUCAUCUUUGCUCAUGGAGACGCUCUCCUCGCCAAGAUUCGCAAGGUUGCCGAGUCUAUGGGCGCUACACUCUACCCCAUCGAUGCCAACGCGGACAAGCGCGUUGAGUCCUUACGCGAAGUCAACGGCCGCAUUGAAGAUCUCGAAAUGGUGUUGUACAACACUGGAUCUACAAGGAGAGAGGAACUGUUGAGGAUUGGAGAGAGCCUGGCCAGCUGGCAAGAUGUCGUGAGGAAGGAGAAGAUGAUCUACGAGACGUUGAACCUGUUCAACUAUGAUCUGAGGCGGAAAACGUUAAUUGCAGAGGGAUGGUGCCCAUCAAGGGAUAUCACUAUCAUUCAGCUGGCUCUACGCCAUGCAACUGAGGAGUCGGGGACCACCGUCCCGCCAAUUCUGCAUGAGUUGCGCACCAAUAAGACUCCGCCGACUUUCCAGCGCACCAAUAAAUUCACGGAGGGCUUCCAGACCAUCAUGGACAGCUAUGGUAUCGCCACUUAUCAAGAGGUCAAUCCGGGUCUAUUUGCUGUCAUCACCUUCCCGUUUUUGUUCGCUGUGAUGUUCGGUGAUAUCGGGCAUGGCGCCAUCAUCUUCUUCGCUGCACUGAUAAUGAUCCUCAACGAGCGAAAGAUGGCCAGAGCUGACCUUGGCGAAAUUUUCGGCACCUUCUUUUAUGGUCGUUACAUCAUCCUCCUCAUGGGACUGUUCUCAAUCUACACCGGCUUCAUCUACAACGAUGUUUUCUCCAAGACUUUGCAUCUCUUCAAUUCGGGAUGGACCAUCCCUGAGGGCGCUAAUGGUACCGUUACCGCUCGAGCCAAUGGGCGCGUCUACCCUUUUGGCUUAGAUCCUGGUUGGCACGGUGCCGAUAACGGCCUCAUCUUCACUAAUUCCUACAAAAUGAAAAUGUCGAUCGUUCUUGGCGUCAUUCAUAUGACCUUCGCUCUUUGUCUCCAAGUCCCAAAUCACAUUCGCUUCAAGCGCCCUCUCGAUAUCUACACCAACUUCAUUCCGCAAAUGCUUUUCCUCCAAUCAAUCUUUGGCUACCUAGUCGUUUGCAUCUUGUACAAAUGGACGAUUGACUGGAGUCAAAGCUCAACUGCCCCUCCAUCUUUGUUGAACAUGCUCAUUUCCAUGUUCCUUUCCCCUGGCUCUAUAGAGCCGGGUACACAGCUGUACGCUGGCCAGAGUAUCAUUCAGACUGUGCUAUUAUUACUCGCAUUUGUUUGCGUGCCAUGGAUGCUUGUCGUGAAGCCGUACGUGCAAUGGAAGGAGAUGAAGAAGAUCCAGAAUCAGGGCUACGUAGGCCUCGCCCAUGGUGAUGGACCACAGGAGAAUAUGGGUAGGCGGAGCGAUGAUCUAGAAGGCGAGGAAGAAGGAAAUGGGCGAGCUAUCGCAGAGGAGAUGGAUGAGGAGCAUGAACAGCAUGAUUUUAGUGAGGUCGUGAUUCAUCAAGUCAUCCAUACCAUCGAGUUUUGUCUGGGGUGUAUCUCACACACGGCGUCGUAUCUUCGUCUGUGGGCGCUUUCACUUGCACAUGCGCAGCUUUCCGAAGUGUUGUGGAAUAUGACGUUGGGAGGCGUUUUGGGAAUGGAGGGCGUCAUCGGCUGGAUUGCUUUUGGGCUCGUGCUCGUGUUGUGGUUCAUUCUAACAGUUUUCAUCCUGUGUAUUAUGGAGGGAUUGUCGGCUUUCCUCCAUGCGCUCCGGUUACACUGGGUGGAGGCUAACAGUAAACACUACGAAGCAGGCGGCUAUCAAUUCACACCAUUAAGCUUUGCCGGGUUGAAUGAAGAAUAGGCAUGAGUAGUAAACCUGUAUGUGCUCCGUCGUACUCGUGACCUGCUUACUUUUCCUCUUGUCACUUUCUUUCGAUACUGUGUACCCCACUACAUUAUUCUUGGUCACGUCCUGCGGACUGAUGCUAUCCAAAGUGAUAACCAU